GUUUAUUUCCUCUUAUGAGCCAUGCUGCCAUGAAUAUACGUCCAGCAUUGUUGACCAUAUACGAGACCCAUUUCGUUCCAUUAGGAGAUCGGCUAAGGCCGGCUUUAAGUGGAUUUCUUAGUGGGAUUCUUCCGGGGUUGGAUACAGGAACCGACCACUUUGAUAGAACUAACAAAUUAUUAGAAGACGUUUGUGAUGGGGUGGGACCGCCCUAUUUCUAUACCUGCAUAUGGCAAUGUGUGGCAAAUAACAGUCCUGUAAGAUUGCCGGCGGUUACCUACGUUUUCGCUCAUUAUAGUCGAAAGUUGCCCAUGGAGGACCAACUCUAUUUAAUGGGACAUGAUAUUGGAUUAAUGGUGUCAGGUUUAUGUGCAGCAGUUCAAGAUUCGAGCGUGCUGGUACAAAGGUCCGCUUUAGACCUGCUGAUGGUGUGUUUUCCCAUGCAAAACAAGCAACUUCUUUACGCUGACAUGGUGCGUUUAGUCACCGCAGCCCUGUCCACAAUACUAAGAAGGGACAUGUCCCUAAAUAGACGCCUGUAUUCGUGGCUUCUCCAAAUCGAAUCACAAAACAUUCCUCUACUCCAAAUCGAUGGUGAACAAGCAGAUGAUAUUCCUACAGCCCAAACGCAUCCCAUCGCUUACGACUUACUCAAUGACGCAAUUAAAGAUAUCCUGAAAAAGACCAGCACCAAAGUACCAAUUGAAGUAAAAUCUUAUCGUCUAUUGACGUCGUUGUUCGAAAAACCGCAAAUUGGGCCAGUUAUUCUUGAUGGCAUCCUGUACGAUGUGUUUCGCACUUUGUAUUUGUCUUGUUUGAACAUGCAGAAGCAUCGGAAUCAAACGGGACGGUGUGUAUCGUUUAAUGGGGAUUUGAAAAGUCUCAAAGCGUAUGAUAUUGACUUGAAUAAGCAAUUUGUCAGCAAGAACUGCCAGGAGUUGGUGAAAAAUGCCAAUUUACUGUUCAACACCCUGCAAAGCUACUACUUAUGGUCCUACAUCGAGAAGCUCUAUGAAGAAGCAGUCGCGAAUAUAAAGCGCUACAAAUACAGAGACCGUUGCCAAGUGAAUGAUAUAGGAAGUGGAACACCUUAUAUUCUGGAAUUGUGCAUUCUCACCGAUUUUCUCUUGGACAUAAUCCCGAUAGAGUCGUAUGCGGACAGCACUUCAAGCAUUCUCCCAAAUCUGUUCAAUAAAAUUAUCAAAUCACUCAAUGCACAUGUGGGGGAAUUGAAUCACCAUGAAAUCUUCAAAAGCUUGGAAUUGUGCACGAAAAUUCUCGCGAAAAUUCAACCGACUACGAUGACCCAAAUUCAAAAGCAAAUAGAGGAAGAACGAAUUGCAGCUGAAUUAUUAGAAAAAUCUGCCUUAAAUCAAGGCAAAUGUGAAGAUGGGGAACCGAGAACAAUUGAGAAGAGCAAAUCGGACUCAAAGAUUAGCGAAAACCUAAACGGAUUCGCUGAUAAGCACGAGCUGACUGUGGAUGACUUGGCUAGAGAAAGGUCUUACAGCAACCAAUUUUCAAAGAAAAAAGACAAAUCCAGUCCCAAGAUAGAAAAAAAGUCAAAAAAUAAAAAAUCCAAAUCCAGCUCUAAAUUAUACGAGCUUAAGAACGACGACAAUGACCAGUCAAUAAGCUCGACCUCUGAAGUUGAAAUGCCCGAAACGUCGUCCAAAGAAAAUACGCCUCCUGCCCUAUCAGUGACAACAAAAUACGAGAACAAGCACUUUUUAAACUGUUUAGAGCAGUACAAGAAGUUCUUUGUCUCCUUUAUCAAGUGCAAGAUCUUGCCUGCUACAGUAAUUACAGAUUUUUUCGCAUCCCUCGUUUACGACAAGCAACAAAGGAGCAAAGACUUGCAAUUAUUACUAGAUCAGCGGCUUUCCAACGAAAAGCACCAAUUUACACCAGUGGACUACUCGAUGAAAAUUCAAAGCGAUUUAAAAGUUCCCAACAUCAGUUCGGACGAAAAUUCGAAUUAUGAACCUUCUAUGAGCAUAGCGGCUAAUAUUCUUUUGGAGUUUUGCACCUUUCCCAAUCUCCUGACCGAUUCGAACGAGAAGAAAAUUCACAGUUGGCUUGAAGCUCUGAUUGUGGUGGCCUGUUGCAAGGAAGCUUCCCGGGAAAUUCAGCUCACUGCCAUGAAUACACUCUUAGAAAUAUGCAGUCUAUCGAAGAAUCAAAAUUAUUUGAAACUGUACGAAAGUGAGAAAAAAAUUAUUAUAACUGGGAUUUUGGAGUAUGGGCAUGUCUAUUAUGUCGAGGAGAAUACGUUGAGCAUUGAGGAAAUGUCCAGAAUAUUGUGGACCCUUCUGGGGACAGUUAAAAACCAGAAGCAGCUAAUGGUUUGUGUGACCCUCCUAUACCAAAUCCAUAAUACGUUCGAUAACAAGCUUUUCGUUGAGAAUGUGAUUGGUCAAUGUCUGUCUGAUGAACAUGUGACUGCGUCCUACAUAAAACAGUUUUGUAUGCUGUGGCAUUUGGGUCGAGAUCUUACUAUCAAGCUGCCGCCAACUAAGAGCUGCACCAGAAGUUUCGACAGGUCCUUGUUAAAGCUCCUGGAUAUGUUGCAAUCUAAAGAAAAACCCGCUAUUCAGUUGCUCGCUAACUCCUUUCUAACUCACAGUCUGUUGCAGAGCGACAUUCCACGAAUACUGAAUCCCAUUUUAUUAAAACUGCUCGCUACUAACACAGCAAGGGUUUCAAUUAGACACGUGAACAUCCAGGAUGGAGACGUCCAAAACGAACAGACUGACCAAGACAAUCAGAAAUUGGAAGAAUCUCAAACAAAAAAAAUUUACGCGGUCAGCAACGUUAAUGGCAACGUGAUGUACCAUGUGACCGACAGUCCCAGACCGAAAUCGCCCAAAAAGAAGUGGUUUACUUUCUCGAAAACCGGAAAAAAAUAUGCAUCGGCUAUCAAUAUGGCAACCAUCCUGAUGGAAGACACCAACAGCAUCGUGACCAAGAAAAACAAGAACUUCAAAGAAUACACUGUAUUGCCCGUUUUAGACCCACAGGCGAAAGGAAAUGUUAAGUUAAUCAUCAACCCUCUAAGCGUCAAGGAAAUCUACCCGAUAGGGUUGGAAGGUUCAUAUGCUCGGAAGACUUCGCACAGCUCUUUAGAAAGUUUGUCGAGCAACGACAAUACUAUCAGUAAUGAUGAUUCAAUCGACAGGAAAAUAUACGGGAAAUCAGAAUCAUUGCCGGGUGAUCGUGAUAGUGGCUACGAUUCCUUGAACCAGCAAAGAAAACAGUCGGAAAUCCUCAGCGCUUUAGUGGACAAUGGCAAAAAGGCCCUUCUAGAGAGCAUGGAGCCGAUAUCGAAUGGAAUAAAAACAGUGAAACUGCCAAAAUCCCGAAGUUUUGACGAAAAAAGCAACAUCAAGCCAGACGAAAAUUCUCUGGUUCAAAGUUGGUCGUAUUGCAUCUCGGAUUCAGCUAAUUUACAUGGAGAACUCGAGCUGAGCAAGAGCGCAGAAGAGUUCUUUAGAGGCAAAGAUAAGGAAUAUGCAAUAGUGACGGGAAUUCUUAAUAAAAUUCUGGAUGAUGUAUGCCAGAAAGUAGAUGGCGAUAGUUUGGAUCCUGAUAUUCCACAUUUUUCAAGCAGACCAAGCGACCUGGACUUGAGAAAUAAAAUCAACACGUCCAAUUCAAAAAACUUUGUUUUAUACCCGAUACAUUCGCACAUAUGUUUAUACUAUGAGCUCUUUGAUUCGAAUCAAGUGAUGUAUGCUUUACAUACUCUGAAACAUUGCAUCCUGUGUAACCCGCAGCUUUUCAUUAAAUGCUCAGCCACCAGCGGGAUUAAGAACAUGAAAAAUAAUGACAUUCUCUACCUGUUAGCCAGGCACAGGAAAAGUCUUUUAGGACAAGGGUUUAAUGGCGAAUUGACCACCGAACAUAUCAACUUUUACAGAGGCUACAUGUUCUUGGAUGUCAUUUUAUCGGUGUGUCUGAACUAUGCUCGAACGUUUUUUCCAUUUUUGGACGACUCAAGUCCAAUGCCAGACGAAAUGGAAACCAACAUUAAAAUCCAAUUAGAGGCCUUAGACAUUUUGAACACGAUAGUAAAAAAUCUGAUCACGAUGAUCGAGGAAAACUGCAAUAAAGGAUUUUCUAGUUAUAUUGCUGAUCUGUUGGUCAAGUGUAAAAUACAGAAGACUUUACUGCACUGCUUGCUGACUUCUGUAAGAAAUUUCGACGAAGAUAUGACUUUUGCUGAGGAUAUUUUACUGUUUAAUAACUUUCAACUAUGCAACUCGGAAAACAGAAUGGGAGAACAUGUGGAGGCGUUCCAAAUCCAACUCUUAAGGUUAAUUCAUUCUUUGAUAAUACUGGAACACUCGGUGUUCCCUUCAACAAAACCGACAGAACAGGCAACGCCCGAACCUAGUGGAGGGUCCAUUAAUGGAGAACACCUUAAUUAUACGCCCACUGUUUUGAUACCCAAGCAAGCCAUUUUUCUAUCAGCUAUUUUAAGCGCGCUGAGGAACGAAAAUAUGCGAAGCAUGCAUGAGAAGUGGCUGAAUAUGGUUACUUGUUGUCUGCCAUAUUUCGGAGAUAAUUUGAAGCAAAUUUCCAUUAGUGUGAUUCAUCAGAUUUGCAACAAUAUCGAAGAAAUCGCCACAAACUACAAAAAAACCGAUUUAGAUGACUUUGAAUUAAGCGCCGACUACACAGUGACCCAACUAGAAUCUCUAACGAUUUUGUGCCAUUACUGUCUUUUGGAUGCUUCGCAAACAGUUAACCAAAACGUUCCUGCUUCCACAUCGACUUCCGCUGUCUCAAACCCGGGGGAAAUUCUAAAUAAUUUAGUAAAUGUGUUUUUCUCGCCGUUGAGUUCCGAUAUAAAUUUUUCCGCUAAACAAAACUCGGAUCAUUAUCAGAACGCCCGCAAAACCAUACUGAGUCACAUGCCAAGGAUUAUAUCCAGUGUGGCAAAGUUAUGGCAAACUGUUGUUGCAAUGGAGAUUGAGUUUAAUAGUGUUUAUGGCAACUCAAAGGUGGUAAAACAGCAACUUUUGGAAUUUUUGAGUCCAAUAGCUGUGCAUCAUGGGGCCAGUUUUCUGUCCGCAGUAGCGGUCGCUUGGUAUGAGCGAAGAAACCCAUUUACUAGUGUUAAAGCUGUGUUACCAGAACCUAACGCCGGCCAAAACAACCUAGUAUACCUAAUAUCCGCCAUUAGAGUAAUUCCCUUAGAUAAUUUAGUACAAACUGUGACUGCUGUGAUAAAACACCCUCCUCCUUGUGAAGGUCUUAGUUCCGAUAUUUGCCUAGACGUAUCAAUUUUAGAGUUAUUUUAUUGUUACAUGCGUAAUGCAUCCGCUACCCAACUCUCAGAAGCUUGGAGCUCCUUGUUGGCACUCAUCAGAGAAGUGAACGUUCUGAGUCCAUCUGCGCAGUUCUUAUUAGCAGCCAUCCUGCACGAAAUGAUGAUUAAGUGCUGCCCAUUAGAGGAGAAGAAAGACCAGAAGGAUCUUCAAGAUGUAACAACUAAGCUUAUCGACUGUGUGUCCCAAGUUUGCGGUUCCUGCCUCGAGCAGACCACUUGGCUGCGACGCAAUUUUGCUGUUCGCGAACAGGAUGAAGAUUCCACCCCUGAAAAUAGCAUAACAAACGGAGCUCCUUCGAGUGAUUUAAUUUACAACUCCAGUCAUAGCGUGCAAGCACAAUUAACAUUGUCAGAAAUCUUGGCCCCAAUCCUGGACAUUUGUUUUGGAUCAUCCGAAAAGGACAAAGUGAACAAUAUUCUGGCCUCUUUAAUGUGCAACAUCGUGCCCUAUCUUAAGACACACACAGUCAAGAAUAUGCACAGUUUUAACGCCUGUUCGAAACUUUUAUCCAGUCUAAGCAGCUACCAAUAUACUCGCAAAGCUUGGAAAAAGGACGUAUUUGACUUGCUCCUGGACAAUAGUCUCUUUCAGAUGGAUUAUGCCUGCUUGAAGUACUGGAGGAUAAUUGUAGAUAAUUUGAUGACUCAUGACAAUACGACAUUCAGGGAUUUGAUGAAUCGAGUAUCAAUGACCCAAAGUGGAACUUUGGGAAUAUUCUCUUCAAGGGAACAAGAGUAUGAGCAGAAGGCACAACUUUUGAAAAGACUGGCCUACGUAAUAUUCUGUAGUGAAAUUGACCAAUAUGCCAAGUAUAUGCCUGAAAUUCAAGAACAAUUAACUUCAAGCUUGAGACUGAACGUUCCUGGAAUCCAAGCCCAGGUUUUUAUGUGUUUCCGAGUUAUCCUGAUUCGAAUGAGCCCCAUGCAAGUGACCAGUCUUUGGCCAAUCAUAAUCAGUGAAAUGCUACAAGUAUUCCUACAGAUCGAACAGGAACUUAGUACCGACACCGAAGAAUUCAAGACAAAUAACAGCUCUCACAUCAAAUUGCUGUCUUCAUUGGACGCAAGUUGGACCACUAACAGUAGCAAUGGAUUACAUGCCUUGGGCCAUCCCCAUUGGCUUCGAUUACAACUGGCAACAGGAAAACUUUUGGAUCUAGCACUUCUGUUACCCGCUACCACUUUGCCGCAAUUUCAAAUGUACCGAUGGGCAUUUGUCGGAGACGAUUUGAUACACAAAUCCGAACCCAACAGUCAAGUAUCAUUCACCCCGCAUGUAGUGCGAAUAGCCGAACUUAUGGACCGCAAGUUUACCGACACACAAAUAGAUGUUUUACCAAUGAAGCGCAAUGAGCUGCUCCUCACUAUGAACUCUAUAACGCAACUAAAGGACUUGCAUAGUUUUUUCAAAACGUUGAGCUCCUGCUCGAACCGACACAGAACCGAGUGUAGCAAAUCGAUUGCUAGCGACAAUCUGUUUACAGAUAGGCAAUCAGAUAAGAAGCUCGAUAUGAUUCUGGAGAAGAUUGAUAAGGUGGUAGAAAGUGACUUUCUGGAUAAAAUUCCGAGGUAAAAACGGCUUCAGUGAUUUAAGAGCUGCAUGGAAAUGUAAGUUGGAGGAUUCGGUAAAGUCAUAGCCACAAGGAAAACGUGUUAUCACUUGAACAAUAUGAUGAUGAAUCUCUUGCUUUGUUUCGUAGAAACUCACAAUAUUUAGGCAUCCUUACACGCGUCCAAGAGCUCUCUAUUUUCAGAGAGGCAACCUUAUUAACAGGGUUAUUGGAUAUUCCUAUAAAGAUGAUAAUUAAUGAGACACCUUCAAUAUUCCGUAUCAACUCAGCGUAAAAAGCAUACAUUAUAUAAAAAAUUUGGCAUAAGAAGAGCUGGGAGAACAACUAGUACACUCCCAAAUUUCUCUGACUGACCAAUUCUAUUUGAACUAGUUUUCAGCGAAUUAUAAUACUGAUGUUUUGCUUCGAACGUACACAUUUGAUUGUCUCAUUAGGUAUAUUGCUGCGCCACCCUGUAUAGAUUGUAAAAGCACAAGGCAAUCGAACCAAUAUUGUUGCAUCGCAAUUUUUCCGAAUCAUUAUUGUAAAAAAGAAGUAUACUUUUGGGCCUUUGAAUUCAUAGCUGACUGACGUUGAUCAAUAGGUUGUUUUUAUUAAUUUGCCCAAAGAAAUCAGUAUUAAAUUAUUAAAUGCCACGCAUUUAUAUAGAAUGUGUAAUAAUGUAACAUAGCAACUAGAAAAUGAUUUUUUAAUAAACUACCUGUGUUACAUGUCUCGUUGUAAACAGGAUGAUUCAAAAAAUGUUUCAUCGCCUUUAAGUGGGAUUUAUUAGAUAGCAAACCGGACAGACCCACAUAUGUUUAUAUAGAAAUGUUCAAUUGGUCAUAAAUUCUACUCUACGAAUGUGUAAAAAGAGUUCACUCGCAUCAAAAAUAAAUAAGUUUAAUAAAUGUAACUUUUCGAUUUUUAGAAUCUCAAACCAAAACCCCUUAACUACUAACAUCUGUCCGGUUAUAUUACUUAAUUUCAAUCUCCUUUGAGCCAUUAGCGGCAUUGUCAAUUAUAUUAUUCUUAUCAAUGAGAAUCCCCUUAAUGACCACUUUUUGAAUCGUCCUAUACAAAUGUUUGCAGUUGAAUCAGUCUGAUCAUAACAUUUGAGCAUUAGUUGAGUUCCGCGAACUCUGUUGUGUAAAUUUCAAAAUAUUUCUUUAAAAUAAUUUUUUUUAAUUUAUUUUAUAUUAGCUAAUGUUUUAAGGUCGAUUAAACACGGCAUUUGUUACCCUUGAGCAAGGAGCACAAGUGCAUUACUUAUUUAUUGUACACUUAUGUAUUAGUUAAUGUUCUUGGAGUUCCAACCAAUAUUCCCAUUUAUUAGCCUUGCGUAAGGAACAUAGGUGCAAUUUUACUACAAAUGUAAACAUUUAUAUAUAAAAAUGUGAUUUUAUAUUGUGAUGUAAAAAAUCAGGCUUUAUUGCCUUGGUUAUUAUUUGUUGUAAUUAUUUAAAGUGAAUAAAUAUGUUUUGGUAAA